AUGAUAAAAAUUUUAAGAGCUGCUGACUUUUUUGGAGCUCCUUUUGUCUAACAAAUAGAUCCAAAACAAUCUAUAUAUAAAAGUGCUUUUGGAGGAUUAAUUACUUUGCUUAUAACUUCUGCCAGUUUGGCAUAUGCAAUUUGGGUGCUUUACAAAUGGCAAAACAAUUAACUAAGCCCGAAGAUUUCUAACUCAAUGUAUGUAUCUGACUUUUCUUUGCUGGAUUUGGAUUAUGAUGUUAUUAAAUUGUAUUAUUGGAAAAUUGAAGAAAAUUACAUUGAUCCUUUUGAGUCCAAAAUAUUAUUACCAUUAGUUAUGUAUACUACAAAUUUUAGUUUUUCUGAACUUUAAGUUAUAAAUAGGUCAAAUGAAACCUCUACUGAUGGAACUCAAUAUUAUUUACCAAAAAUGAGCUUAGCUUUUUAAAAUAUUAGUGGUGUAAUUUAUACCACAUCUGAAAUGUAUAUAUAAAUAGUGAAAUGCUCUUAAGUUUAUUUAAAAGAGGAUGAAAAAUGUGCAUCAGAUGAAUUAAUCGAAUAAUUUUUUUCGUAACCUUUGAAUACGAUUGUUUUGUAAGUACAAUAAAAAUAAUUGAACUCUUUAGAUGGUACUGUUUAAAAUAGUUUAUAAGAAUUCUACAUAUAAAUAGAAAAAUCAAAUUGCUACACUCUAAACACUUUUCUUUAAAGCAACUUUUACGAACUCUAAAAUUCCUUCUUAUUUGGAUAUCCUACUUAUCUUGAAUAUAUUAAUGGAGCAUUUAUAUAAUCUUAAACAAAUACAAUUGAAUUUUGUAGACAGGCUUACGGAAAUGAUGUACUAGGUUUAAUUUACAUAGUAAUGAAGGGUAAUCAAAUAAAAACAAUUUUUGAAUAUCCACAUGCCGGUGAUCUUUUAGCUAAUAUUGGUUCUAUUGUAUCAGUUCUCUUUAUGAUCAAACAUAUAAUUAUCAUUUUUAACUAAUACUAUCUCAAUAAGAAAAUAAUAAAAAAACUAAUCUAAUUUUAUUAUCCAGAAUUUAAGAAUAUUAUUAUACGUAAGAAUUGGAGAUUAAAAACUGUAAAAGUACUUCUCAAUCAUCAAGAAUUAGAUAUGAAGGAAUUUAAAAUAUUUCAUAAGAAAGUAAAAGAGUAAAUGGAAAAUAAAUUAAGUUACUUGAAUUUAUUAUAUGAAAUGUCAAGGGUUUAUUUCAUUAUUAGAUCAUUUAAGCAAAGAGAAGAAUUAAAAAAAUCUCAUUUAAUUGGAAUCAAACUUAAUUUAGCUUAAUCCAAAAUUAUAGUUGAUUCUAAUCAAAACUCUGAUUGGACAAAUCGAUUAUAAACAACUGUUUCAUAUCUUAAUGAUGAAGAUGCUGAUUUGCUAUCCCUCUCCCAUAUUUUUAAACAGCAUAUUUAACUUUAAAUUCCAAAUGAAAUUUACAUGGAAAACGAGUUUUAUGAAAAUAACAAAAUAUCUUGA